GUGGGGCGCUCCCUCUGCGCAGGAACUCUACGACUGGGCCUCCGUUUUAGAUUGACGCGGCCGAGAGGACCCGUUUGCAGCUGCAGGAUGCAGCCGUCAGAAAGCCAAAAUACCGGGCUGCCUGGUUCAGGACCUGACGCCUAACCAACCUACUGACUUGGAGCUUCAGAGCCAUGGCAACAAAGAAGUCAGACAUCAAAGUAGAGUCGGCCAUCACCUCAUCAGCCAAUCCCAGCAAACAAGAGUCUGAAAAACCAAACUAUGCUCUCAGAUGUACUCUCGUGGGACAUACGGAAGCAGUAUCAUCGGUUAAGUUUAGUCCUAGUGGAGAAUGGCUAGCAAGUUCUUCUGCUGAUAAAGUAAUUAUAAUUUGGGGAGCCUAUGAUGGAAAAUAUGAGAAAACACUUUAUGGUCACAAUCUGGAAAUAUCAGAUGUUGAUUGGUCAUCAGAUUCCAGGCGUCUUGUUUCUGCCUCAGAUGAUAAAACUCUGAAGAUUUGGGAUGUGAGAUCUGGAAAGUGUCUGAAAACGCUGAAGGGACACAGUAAUUAUGUGUUUUGCUGUAAUUUCAAUCCACCAUCCAGCCUCAUUAUUUCAGGAUCUUUUGAUGAGAGUGUGAAAAUAUGGGAGGUGAAAACGGGAAAGUGUCUCAAGACUUUGUCUGCUCAUUCUGACCCAGUUUCUGCUGUUCAUUUUAAUUGUAAUGGGUCCUUGAUAGUGUCUGGUAGUUAUGAUGGUGUCUGUAGAAUCUGGGAUGCUGCAUCAGGUCAGUGUUUAAAAACACUUGUUGCUGAUGAUAACCCUCCUGUCUCUUUUGUAAAAUUUUCUCCGAAUGGUAAAUAUAUUCUCAUUGCAACUUUGGACAAUACUCUUAAACUAUGGGAUUACAGUAGAGGUAGAUGCCUGAAGACAUACACUGGUCAUAAGAAUGAGAAAUACUGCAUAUUUGCCAACUUUUCAGUUACUGGUGGAAAGUGGAUUGUGUCUGGUUCAGAGGAUAACCUGGUUUACAUUUGGAAUCUUCAGACUAAAGAGAUUGUACAGAAAUUACAAGGUCAUACAGACGUCGUAAUCGCAACAGCUUGUCAUCCUACAGAAAACAUCAUUGCAUCAGCAGCAUUAGGAAAUGACAAAACGGUUAAACUGUGGAUGAGUAACCACUAAACUCUAGAAAGCAAGUAGAGCCAAACUGGAAAAAAGACAUUUGAGAAGAUGGGUUCUCUUAAUUUUGGCAUGGUUUUGUAUUUCUUUUUAACAUUGUCUUGGGUUAUAUUAGAUUUUGUGACCUAUAACCUAAAUUUACAAAACAAGACGGUUUGAAAAGCAAGUCUAGAACCUAGGGCUCCUGACUUUUAAUCUUAAAGUCUGUUAUUAGCCUCUUAUGUCUGUCCCUGAACAGAUUGCCAUUCUAUUCCUCUCAAUGACUAUUCUAGAGAUUGGUAUAUUGAUAUCUGGGAAAUAUUUAGAAGAUUCACAUGACAGAUGACUGAUUAAAUGAGGGGAGCAAAGGAGUUUGGAGUAACUCCGAGGUUUUUGGUUUGGGAGAUCAGAUGAGUAAGAACAUAAGCCUGUGGUGAUGGUGGAUUGAAGAGGUAUGUCAGAUGCCACUCACACACUUUAAGUGAAUGGUCUACAUGAUGGGAUGUGAAAUGGUCCACGGAAUCAAGCCUUCAAAUUGGGGAAAACGGGAUGGUUAGGUUUGUUCUGAAAGUCUAAAACAUUGUAAAUGGCGUUUUACUAAAGGACCCCUUGAUGCCUUACCAGGUUGUGCCCUGUCAUAAUUUUCAAGCAAACUAAAUGUCUGAGUGGGAGGCUGCUCUCUUGCACUGCAUCAGACUCUCCAGCUCCUACCCACGCUUCAAAACUUAGAUCAGAAAUCACUGUAUUGUGGAGCCAUCACUGCCUGCCCGACUCCAACCAUAACUGACA